CGGCAGUAAUAUCUGCCAGUCCAAAGGAUCAAUGGCCUUCGCGGCCCCAUUGCCCUCUGAUCCGCUCGCCUAUCUUCAAAUCGCUUUGCUCAGCCCGCACUUUCAUAUGGCUUGCGCGCGAAUCCGAUCCGCAUCCGUUAUCGGGAUUUUUUCGGCAUCUGAUGACCUUCCCCCCGCUUGAACAUCAUCUGUUGCUGCACCGGCGACUUUCAAAAUACCGAAUAUACCAAUUUGGUGCAUUGUUGUAUUCCUGACGAAGUCUGCUGCGAUGGGCCCACCGAGAAGGAAGGUCAAACAACGCCUAUGGUCUUUUUGUUUAGCCAUGAUCGAGGAAACCUAGGACUCACAUGCAG